AUGGCCACUCCAUACCCUGAUCACCAUCACCCUCCCCAAGGCACCACCACAAACACCAAUCCCGUUUCCCUUUCCACCACCACCAGUGGCGACUCCUCUACCACCACCACCACCACCAGUACUAGCGGCGGAAGAAAAUACAGAGCCGGCAAAGGCGGCCCAGACAACAACAAGUUCAAGUACAGGGGGGUCCGCCAGCGCAGCUGGGGCAAAUGGGUGGCCGAGAUCCGAGAGCCGCGCAAGCGGGUGCGCCGCUGGCUCGGCACCUUCGCCACGGCCGAGGACGCCGCCCGCGCGUACGACCGAGCCGCCAUUAUGCUGUACGGCUCGCGAGCGCAACUCAACCUCCAACCCUCCCCCUCCUGCACCACCGCUGCCGCCUCCUCCUCCUCCUCCGCACGCGGCGGCGGCUCUUCCACCACACAAACCCUCCGCCCCUUGCUCCCCCGCCCCUCCGGCUUCACCAUCCCCUAUUACCCUUACCGCACCGUACAGUACCCUAACUUUGUACAAAACCCUUAUAACCAACAGCAACAGUACGGUGCCGCCGAUUACAAGGUUGAUGUGGGGUCCACAAAUACAACGGCAUCGUCGUCGACAUCAAUAUCGUCGUAUCAGAAUCCUUAUGAUUGUUUCCAACCGCAAAGUUAUUUGUGCGACCAGAUAAAUUCGCUUGCCGGGUCGGUGGACGCGAGCUUGUCCCUGUCUUCGACAGAUGCUGUUGCACCGGCGGUGUCUGAGCCGCCGGCAACCACCGUGGGGGUGGAGUCUCUGGUUACAUGGCCGGUGACGAAUGAUGAUGAGUAUCCCCCGGCUAGUAUAUGGGAUUAUGGCGACCCUUCAUUUGAUUUUUGA